CUCGCCCGGUCUUUCUUGUGCUCUACAAACUGUUCAAUUUCCCUAGUGUCACUCUCAAAAAGCUCUUUCACUUCCAUCCUCAUCUCCAGACUCCAUUGCGUUGCCCGAAAGCUACCCACUUCUCUUGCCUUACCCACACACCGACUUCUCUGACACCCAGAUUUCGCAUUUUGCUUUUUCUGUCGAGAUAUGGCGGACUGGGGGCCUGUGCUGAUCGGGGUGGUACUAUUCGUGCUGCUCCAACCGGGACUUCUCUUCCAGAUACCGGGAAACAACCGGAACCUGGAGUUCGGCAGCUUGAAGACCAACGGCAAGGCCAUAGCUUUCCACACUCUCAUCUUCUUUGCUCUCUACGCCAUCCUCAUCUUGGCCGUCCACGUCCACAUCUACGCCGGCUAAACCGGUUGUCUCAGCCUCAGGGUUUGGUUUCUGUUCGAGAUCUGUGUAUCUGUUUUUCGAUGAUUAUGUGAUACUUUGUUAGUUAAAUAUGCAAAGCACAGGCCUUUUUUCUUUGGAAA